AUGGAGUUCUUCGACUUUAAUGAGGCUGCUUCCGGCUCCCACGUGCCGGACGACGAUGUCGCCUCUGAUCACAUUGAGAUGGACGAGAACGAUGUCGUGGAAACAUAUCAGUCUCUUUUGCAAGAUCGGUCGGAGAUUCCCGACUUCCUACCUGGCCAAAGCGCUUCUGAGGAAGUCAUGUCUGAGACUCCCGAUCCGGAAGGCAUCUACCCCAUGGGCCGUGCCAAAGAACCUUGCGACUUCUGCAGGAACAUGGGGCUGGACUGCUUUAUCGCCAAACGAGGCGUGAUGCAGAAAAGUGGCUGCACUUGCUGUAUUUCGCUGUAUCGCGAAUGCAGUUUCACCCAAACAAUGCCUCAGGGCAGAUUCGCCGGCGUGGACACAUUGCAUCCUAUCUCCGAGAACAUUUAUAUCCCCACAGGAGGGCUGACCGGCAAGAAGGCGCUUAAGUCUUUCUCUGGCAUUGCAGAGGAUGUUGACGCUCGUGCAAGGAAAAGCAGCUCUCGUCUCUCACGAGAGGCGGUACGGAUCCUUAAGGCGUGGCUCAAUGACCAUAGUGACCAUCCUUAUCCGACCGAAGAGGAGAAAGAGGAAUUGAAACUACGCACAGGAUUAAAACGAACACAAAUCACUAAUUGGCUCGCCAAUGCCAGGCGGCGUGGGAAGAUUCGACCUUCGCCUCGAAGCAGUUCCCCUGUCGCGGGCGCAAUUGAGAUCCCCAGGCAACCGGUCAUUGACCACACGCUCAUGACACCUUUGGAACGUUGGAAAUACUCUCCCCCGGAAAACGAACCUGCUGCCCUCUCCAACAUUUUGCGGGCUUUGGAGGACACGCCCUUGGAAAUACGUCAGGGGUCACAUUCAGGUCACGUGCGCUCACAAUCGCGAAGGACUGGGUCUAGCAAUGACUCAAGCCAUGCUAACUCGAAUGUAUUCGACGCAUCUUCCCUUGUUAGCAGCCAUGACGCCAGUCAAUCAGCUAGCCAUAGCUCCGUAUCCGACCUCUCUUUUGCCUCUGCCUUCUCCCACCGCUCCUCCCUUGGGUCGUUUGGCUCAAUGGAGCGCAAAGAACGACGUCGCCGGCGCAAGCCCUCUUUACCUACAAACACUUUCAAUCAGCAGAAAGCUAAAGGCGCACGCAUCUACCAAUGCACUUUCUGUGCCGACUCUUUCCAGACCAAGUAUGACUGGCAGCGCCAUGAAAAGUCUCUGCACUUGGCCCUCGAGAAAUGGACAUGCGCACCACAUGGAGGUGUAGCGUUCAUCAAUGGUGCCAAUCGUUGUGUAUUCUGCAUGGCUGUUGAUCCAGAUAACGAUCAUCUUGAGUCGCAUAACUAUAGCACCUGUGCUGAGAAGAGCUCGGCAGAGCGAACCUUCUACCGGAAGGACCAUCUCAACCAACACCUCCGGUUGAUGCAUAACGUGCGGUUUCACCCGUCUAUGGAUCAAUGGCGAAGCCAUACGACGGAGAUUAUAUCUCGAUGCGGUUUCUGUGGAAUCACCCUGACGACGUGGAAAGGUCGAGCCGAUCACCUUGCUACCCACUUUAAGAACGGUGCGGACAUGGUCCAGUGGAAGGGUGACUGGGGUUUCGAACCAGUCGUGCAAGACCUUGUCGAAAAUGCCAUGCCUCCGUAUCUUAUCGGUCACGAACGCAACACGCUUGACCCAUACAAACCCUCUGCGCACAAAACUGCGCCUGGUCUCGCCGUCCCCAUGGACGCCAAUUGUUAUGAGCGUCUCAGGAUGGAGCUUAACGCUUAUAUCCAAGAAAGUGUAACGAAAGGUAUCGUGCCGACAGAUCAAAUGCUCCAAGAUCAUGGACGGCGAGUAAUCUAUGGAACCGAUGACCCCUGGAACCAGACCUGUGCCGAUAACCCUGUCUGGUUGAGUGUUCUCAAGCGAGAUGCAGGACUUGAACCGGCGCAGGGGUCAGAACAUAUUCAAUUCUCCAAUCUCGGCAUGCAGCCACCGUAUGCGUCUCAAGAGGGGCUCCGGCGGCCACCAGCUUGCGCUCGUCAGCCGUAUGGCUCGGGUUAUCCCACCUCCGGCUUCCAGAGCCCAGCAAUUCCCGGGACAGGCCGAUCCUCUGCUGCACCAAGUAUACCCGGAAGUUCCGCUGGAAGCUUUUCGGGCAGUGCUGGGAUGUUUACAGCACCUGGACCCUCCGGAUUAUCGCUGGAUUGGGGCAGUAAUGCGUCGGCCGGAGUUUCGUCUUUUUCAACACCGCUGAGCACGUCUGCUGACCCAUUUGUGCAGAUGGGCUUCGAUCCGGAGUUCCUUCAACAGCUGAAUCAUCGUUAUGAGGAGGAGGUGCCGUUGGAAAGCUUACAAGGGCUGAGCUUCGGAGUUGACGAUGGAGGCGGUUUUGAUUCUAUUGAUCCUGUGGGCACAGCGGCUGUGACCAGUAGCGCAACCUCUCCGAUACCGAUCCCGGCCUCGAAGCAACCCGAUAUUCGAUUGCCUGAUGCUGUUCCUCCAGAUCUUCACUUCGAGGGCACGGGUAGAACCGGAAUAUAUAUGAUGAAUCUCGGGUACUUUCGAUAG